CAGGGAAGGUAGUAGAGGCGAGCAAGGAGGAAGGGAAAUAACCCGCAGUUUGUCGGUACUCGGUGCUGGGUCGUAUGAAGGAAUAAAGGACUCCUGAGAGGAGUGACCACUUCGCCGACCACCGUUACCAAGGAGCAGCGCGCUCAUGAUGUCGGCGCGGGCGGUGUGGGCGUGGAGCCUGGUGGGCGUGGUGUUGCUGGUUGGCUCGGCGUCGGCAAAUUGGCAGCCAUGCAAGGUCCAGUGUGACGCCAACUUCGUUAAGAAUGACUUAGCACAGUCCGCCCUGGCCAGCGUGUGCGAGCGUGGGUGUGACCUCUUCACGCUCUCCCUCAUCUCGACGCUCCAACGCUCCCCUGUCAUGCACCUGAGCUCCCUCAUCACCCCUCGAAGGCUCCCCCUCACCCCCCACACGGCGCCCCACGACCUGGAGGUCAGAGUGGAGAAGAAGGAGAAGCCGGAGAAGAAAGAGAAGGUGGAGAAGAAUGGGAUCGUGGGAAGUGAAGGGGUGAAGGAGGCAGCGAUGGAGAAGAAGAAGGAGCUGACGAAAAAGAUGGUGGAGAAGAAGAAGGAGGAGAAGGCGGCCGAGAAGAAGGACGCGGUGGUGGAGCGAGAGGAGGCGGAGGAGGCCCACAAGGCCAGCGGGACCAGCAAGGUCGCCCUUGCGUCCCGCGUGCUGCACCUGCAUCUCAAGAACCGCCAGACGACCACGCAGCCCGCAGACCAUCCGGUUCAAGACCACCCCGCCCGCGCCGCCCACCAGGCCACCACGACCACCACCCUCGCCCCUCCCGAGGCCAACCCUGAUGCUACGGCAGUCUCCUCCACCAAGAAGACCCCCUCCUCCCCCUCCCUCCCCUCCUCCUCUCCAUCUCCCUCGUCGUCAUCAUUAUCCUCUUCCUCCUCCUCCUCCUCCUCUUCAUCCUCAUCCUCAUCCUCCAGCGAGACCCCGAAGGCCAAAAGCCGCAGCGGCGGAGACGGCUUCACCAUGUGGAUGAAGUGCCUCAUGCACCAGGAAGCCAAAACCGAGGUCGAACACAAGGCCAAACUCGAGGCCAAGCACGACGUCAAGAAACUGAUCGUCAAGGAACACAAACACCGCGACGGCAAAGUGGAGGAGGAGCGCCUCGAACAAGCCAAGCACUCCUGCAGGCACGCCUGCGUGACGGCCUACAACGUGAUGAACGAGCAGGAGGCCUGCGUGGUGGGCUGCCACCUGCAGGCGACCACGGCGGCGCUGAAGCCCUCCAGGACGGCCUCGCAGGACACCCCCUCCAAGAACCCCCUCGCCAUGUUCCAGAGGAUGGUCAUCAACCUGGCAGGCCACGUGGGCAGGCUCAUGCGCUUCACCUGGGCGUGGACCUCCCGAGGGCAGCAGGAGUGGCAGCAACAGGAGAAGGUCGAAGUGCAAGCAAGCAAGGAGCCUGAGAAGGACUUCACUUACUUAUCCAAGGUCUCAGGACCAGUUGUGGUCUCAGGACCAUUAGACAACGUGGACUACAGCCGCACCUCCGCCUUCCGACUCGUGUUCAUGCCGGACCAGGAGCCGCGGCGCCACCACCAGCAGAAGCCGCAGCAGCAGUUACAUCAGCAGCUGAAGCAGUCCCUGGAAGCUGUUUUGCAGUCCCGCCAGCAGAACCAGGAGGAACAGCACCAACAGCAGCAGCACCAGCUCCAGCAACAACAACAGCAACAGCAGCAGCAGCAGCUCGACCUGUUGGAGUGCAUUUCGAGGAAGUCCGGUCUGCCGCGCUGGUUCAUUGCCGUCACCAUCUUCACGUCUGCGCUCGUGAUCCUGUGGCUCUGCUUCACCCUCACCGCGCCCCCCGACGACAUCAAGGUGGUCAAGACGAAGCCUCCAGAUUUCAGCGUGGACGAAAACGACGACGGCUUCGACGACUUCGAUGACGACCUCAACAUUUCGGAGAAGAAGAAACUGCUCGCUCACGCCGAUGACGUCAUCAAAAUCCGGAUCGAAAAUGUGUAGAUGAAUGAGCAGAAACAUGUGUGAUUUCCGUAGACACGAGUGAGGAAUUAUUGGUGGACAUGGCGAGGGGGGAUAAAAAGGGACUGGCGAAUUUUAAUAAAUGGAGAGAAAGGUAAAGCAAUAAGGAUUAUUUUCUUUGGAAUAAUCGUAUCAUUGUGCGACGUAAGUACAUGGUCAAAAGAUAAACGAGAAAUAAUGAAAAAAAGUAAUAAUACAAAAUGUUAAGUAGAAAAAUAACAGAAUUGUGUCAAAGUAAAAUAGACAUGUUACAACAAAAAGAUAAUCGAGAUUUUAUUAAGGAAAAAAAAUACUUUAUCACAACCUUAUAAUCAAUUCGGGGGAAAAAUGAGCAUUAAUCUUAUCACAACAUCAAAACAACACCAAAAAAUAUAAAUUCUCAGAAAAGAAAAAAAAACAUAGAAAAUAAUCAAAAGAAAAAAAAGAUGGAAAAGUCAAAGCAAAAAUUACACGUGACCGAUC